UGACAUAAAUUCAGCAAUACUCAAUCCGUACGACAUCAUAAGUAUUUAGCUGAUUAAAACCAUCUUUUUAACCAAAUGUGUCACUUUUGUUUAUUAAAAGUCACAAUAUGUUAUGAAAGAUUACAGCGAUGAAUUCAGAAGUAGAAUUUCACAUCAGAAACAACUACCCUUGGGGGAAACUUCCGGCAAACAUUAAGCAGUUACUGGGUCAUUCCCCUAAGGAGUAUGAGAAAUGUGUAUCCGGCUACAGCAUCAAAAACCAGCUUCGUUUCAAAGGCAAUCUCAUACGGCAAGUUAAGAAGGAUGAUCGCAAGUACUAUGAAGACCUGCUCAAGUACAGCCGAGAUCACUUGAUGUUAUACCCCUAUCACCUAUCAGACAUCACCGUCAAAGGGCUGAGGAUAACGCCCUUCUCUUACUAUCUGAGCAUGAUGCAUGAUAUCAUGUCCAGCGAAAAGAGCUACGACUCACUGCCCAACUUCACAGCUGCUGAUUGUUUAAGAUUACUUGGUAUUGGCAGGAACCAGUAUAUUGAAAUCAUGAAUCAGUGCAGGUCCUCAAAGCCUUCCCUUAAUCGUUCUGGUAGUAUUCAAAAAUUCUUCCGGAGGAAACCGAUUCGUGACCUGCUGCCUGGCAAGCCAAUAGAAGAUGUGUCUGUGGAAGCAUGGUGGAUGGUGCAAGCUGGCUACAUCACAGAGGAUGAUAUAAGGACUGUAUCGAUAGCUGAGAAGAAUGCCAUAGACCGUAUCAUUGAUACAGGUUCACAGCCGGCUGGUGCAAUGGAUUAUUAUGUUGUGCAUAAAUUGUAUUUGAAAGGUCUUGUGUAUGUGGAUGUACCAAUAGAAGAUGAUGACUAUAUCUCAGUACCUCCUCUCGAAGGCUUUGUUAUGAAUCGUCUCCAAGGAGAUUACUUUGAGAAGCUCCUCUACAAAAUCUUUGUCUCCAUCGAUGAACAUACAACAGUAGCAGAGCUUUCCAACGUGCUACAGAUUGACCUAGGCCUGGUGAAGAAUGCUGUCUCAAUGUACUGCAGACUGGGCUUUGCUAGGAGGAAAGGUCAAGACUUAGACAUGGAAGCCUUACAUCCCUCAUGGCAAGACAUUCUCCAGGCAAAUGGCACCAAAAAGCCCACAGUUCAAGAUGAUCUUCUCCUGAUUGAUUGGGGAGCUGCACAGACGAGCAACUCAGAGAAGAACUCCCCCUCCAACGAGGGCUCCAUAGACACCCUCGACAUGGCCAGCGUCGACGAGUCAGAUGUCACGUCAUCAUCGAUCACAGCGACGGGAGGUCAUACCAAGAGGAUAGCAUUCCUCUUUGAUUCCACCCUUACAGCAUUCCUCAUGAUGGGAAACUUAUCUCCGGGUUUAAAGAGUCAUGCAGUCACCAUGUUUGAGGUUGGUAAACUCUCAGAUGAGUCGCUGGACAGCUUUCUGGCUGAGCUAGAUCGGGUUCCAAAGGAUAGUGUGGUAGAAGGAGAAGCUCAACGCUACUUUGAGCAUGCUGUCAUUCUCAAAAACACAAUCACAUUCCUAAGAUACAAUAAGGACAUAUCCCCUGACCCUGAUGGUAUGAGUAAGGGUAUGGGUAUAGACCUGCUGAGAUGUGAGAGUUUACUGGGGCUAGAACCAGCUACAUGUGCCAGGGUACUGCAGAAGAACUAUGAUAUUCUCGUAUCGAUGGCUCCUCUUAGCAAUGAGAUCCGACCAAUCAGUAGCUGUACCCCACAACAUAUAGGACCAGCUAUACCAGAGGUGAAUUCAGUGUGGUUCAAGCUCUACCUAUAUCACGUGGUACAGAGUGGUCCUUCAUCAUUGCUUCUAGUCAAAGGAAGCAGAUUAAGAUAUCUACCACUGAUGUUUCAGGAGUAUGACCGGUUACUCAUCACGACGUGGGGUCAUGACCCAGGAUUGGUUAGUACCUCAAACGCACUCUUCACCAUAAACGACGCCCUCGCUCACUCUGCUGUACUUAUUCAGGCACACGGCUGGUUGAGAGAUGGGGAGACAAUAUGUGUUCCAUUUCCUCUUGAUGAAAGCACAAGAAAGGGUCACUUAACAAGGAGCUCCAUGCACACUCACAAAACAAUCAAGAAACUGGAGGAGGAGCUCGACCUGACACAUUCCUGUGGCUACAUCACCCUCCUCAGAUCAGGCUGCCUCUCAGCCCCGACCCCGUUACCUAGCAACCAAGAGACCAAGGCUGAAGGCAAGGAUGAUGAGGAUGCUCAGAAUCAGUUGACCGCAUCGCAGCUCAGCGAGGCAGCGGAUGACGAGGAGAGUCCGGGGUUGGAGGAAGCAGUAGGGGGACAGGCAGCAGAGAGCGAGAGCCUGGAUAUAGAGAAGGCUAAAGAUUUAAUGCAGCUACCAUUGGAAACGAGAGAGGUGCCUGAAGGGAAUGACAGGGUCCUUUCAGAAGAGAUGGAAUCAAACUGGGCUCUCCUGGACCUUAGCUUUGGUGUCCCUCUCUUUGAUGAGUUCGUCAAUCAGGAGGUUUGCCAGAGGAUAGCUGAAAAGCGGCUGUGCCAGAAGAAGAGCUUAGAGUACUUACUUCAUUCAAGUCGAAAGCUUUCGCUGCAGCUGCUCAACUUCAUUGCUAGGCAACAGGACUUGCCCGUAGUGCCCGACUUGCCAGCCGAUGCUGCCAUGACCCCAUCAUCAACCCAGCGCAGUCAGUCCCCCACCCUGCCCUACCCCACCAGGAACCUUGUAUUCCAGGACGGCAAACUAGGUGUGUGGGAUCCCAUGUCAAGGUGAACAACUCCCUAACCAGUGCUGUAGCGAGGUAGCCAAAUCACGGUUCAGGGACCUGUUUCACAAAGCCUUUUUUCAAUGACAAAUGACAAAAAUCAGUGAUAAAUCUGCUGAUAACCAAUCAGAAGCAAGGAUUUCAGUAGCUUAUAACACAAACUGCCAUUUGUCACUGAUGACAAGUAUUGUGAAACGCCCCCCUGGUCCAGCUCACUAAAGAUGCCAAGUUUCAGACAAAAGCCUGAAUUCAGGCCCUUGAAUCUAUCUUCAGGCCAUAGAAAAAGCCUUUUUUAGGUACAAAAUAAUCAAUUCUAUGUGAUUUUCAGGCCCUCUGAUUGAUUCUAAAUGGCAUCCCUGCACUAAUCUUUAAAAAUCCUUACUGGGUAGAUUAAGAACGUAAUAUUUCUAGUUCUUGACUGGCCUGGUGAAUCAAUUUGGGACACAGCUGGAUCAAUAAUCAGAAUGGUUAUUCCCAAGACCUUUUCUGACCCUGUCUAUCCAUGUCUUUAAUAGGCUUAAUCCAUGUAUGAUCAUAUGAUGCAUCAUAGGCCCAUAGAUAUAUUAGUACUCUUAUCUCGCUCUCUUGGGUAUAUCUCUCUCACUUACAUUUAUUACGAGUACAAAAAUCAUACUGAGCUACUUAAAAAAUCACCUGGACCUUUGUUCUCGAGCUGACAUGAUUUGCCUCCUGGUCUGGUUUUUUAUUGGCUCGGCUCAGUAGCUUUUUAGAAGGGUGAGUUUGAGACUGUUGUGGGAUCCAAGCUACAGCACUACCCCUGUCUCGUCAAAUCCUGUAAUUGACAUGCCAUUGCAAGGUGGGAUACCUGGUGCAAUGAAUGAAUAUGAACUUUAUGAUUCAGAAAGUAGUUCUGAAUAUCUAUUGACCUUGUUCUCCGAUCAUAGAAAAAGAGAUUUCAAUUUCUGAUCAUAGGAAUGACACCAUGAAUUUAUAAAGAUUUCAAGAGUCUUGAUCGCUGAUCAUAGCCUCAUCAAACUUGUAAAGAAACCAGUAUGACAUUCAUUACUAGACCAACCUGAUUUUAAAAGACUUACAUUUGUCCUUUAAAGGUAACAGUCAGUUUGUGGAAGAAGAUGACUGUUAUAUCGUAUGCAAAGCAUGUUUUUAACUUUGGCUUUACAUAAGGGGCUCUUUAUUUAAUUUUUUACCCUUUGCUAUGUACCUUAGCUUUUUGUUUUAUUAUCAUAAAGAAGACAGUAUUUUAUUUUGUAUAAGUAAACAGCUGACUCACAUCUAAUAACAACGUAUUAUUAACGAACAUAGAUAUAUUAUAAAAUAAUAUUUAUGUCAAAUGUACUGCAUGGAUUAUGACAAAAAAAAUCUUAUUUUGUAUCCCUUUGUAAAUUCAAUGAUGGACUAUGCCAUGCUAUUGCUAUUUUAUUCCUUACACUGUAUGUCCGCUAUGACCAAUACAUUUUUCCUGUUUUUCCCUUUUAAAUAAGCAUUUUCUGAUGAAGUGAUUAGUUUGCACGGCCCAUCAUGCAAUUUGAAUUGUCCUGAGAAAUAUAUUGAUAAGGUAUAUGAUCAGUGAACAGUUAAGGACAAGGAGAACCAAAAUUGGUUUGUUUUUUCAAUUUCGUAACAGAUUUAAAGGGCAGGACGUACUAAACACAUGUUUAUAAGUACGAACGAUAUCACUAAUAAAAUGUAGAACUUGUAUGGUGCUUAGUCUAACCCGUAUAUAUCAACGAGCCUUCCGCAUUUGUUUCUCUGUUCAGUAUAUUCCCUACAGGGGAUGAAGUACAAAUGUUAUCCAGGAAUUAAAAUCAGGGCUACCAUUAUUUUUCCGGCCUUUUUGUAUGAAUUCAGGCUGGACCCUUUUCUCUGUUCAGUCAUUUUUGCAGGAUCCAUAUUCUACAAAACAUAUGGUUUUCCUGCAUGUACAUGGCAAGGUCUUGUCAUGGUAAUUGAGUAAAACAAACCAGUAUCCUUGUCAAUUUGAUUUUGGAAAAAAAUAGGUACAAUUUUGAUUUUUGGUUCUCUCUUAGAGAUUCCUACCUCCUUAAGUAUUGUGCUGCAGGUUGUGUGUAUGGGAGUUAGAUUGUAGAAUCAGAGACCAAAACAUGGACCUUGUAUGAUAUGACUUGUAAAUGAAGAUUUAAAUCAUGAUCUAAUUCACUUGUAAAUAUUGUAUGAUACAGACUGCAGUACUGACUAUUGAUGCGUGGUGUUCUACUUGUAUCGGAUGUGAUGCAUUAAUCUUGCCGUAUGAUUGCUUUAAUAAUAAUAAUAAUAAUAAUAUUUAGCUUUUAUAUAGCGCUUAAUACAAAUGUCUCUAAGCGCUUUACAAAUAUACUAUUACCCCGGUCAUUGGA